AGGCUGGAUUUCUGAACGGCAAAUCAGGUGGGCCUCCGGGCCCGCCCAAAUCCGGCGCACAGCACCGGCCCGGCUUAUCAGCCCAGCAUACGAGCAGGCGGCCCCCAAGCCAGGAGCCAGGGGCAUCCCACCAGCCCCACCUUCCCCUGAGCUCCCACAUCCUCGCGCACCUCCCCGCCCUACUUCUUCCCCCGGUGCCCCUCCGUGCAUGGAAGACUCCGCGCGUGGCAAGGCCCUGCUCGCCGUCGGCACUGCGGCCUUCACGUACUACACGAUCUGGCUGCUGCUCACGCCGUUCGUUGAGGACCAGCACUUCCUGAGAAGGGUGUUCCCGCCCCGGCGCUACGCCGUCGUGGUGCCCGUGGUGUGCGGGGUCGCCCUGCUCUGCGUGACCCUGGUGCACCUGGGGGCGGUGAUCGUGGGGGCGGCGCUGCCGGGGCGCGACACGCCCCCCCAGAAAGCCAAGAAAGACCAGUAG